CGGUGGGGGUACAUAAUUUGUGACGUUUUUGAUGGGCCAUGGUAUCUGCAAUGUCCUCCAUGGUAUCUUGGAGACCCUGGAAACAGGUCAACUCGUACGCCUGCCAACCCAAAGUCAAUGAAAAGCACGUGUGGCAGAAAACAGAAAACAACACGAUGGAAACUGAAGUAACGACAGAACAAGUGACUGAUGCCAAAAUAAGCGGCUACGGUUCCCAUCUGCAAGUCAGAUUUAUCACCAAGCAAGAAUGUUAUUCAGUAGGAGAUACACCCUUCUCAGUUCCAGCAUCAGUGGGAGUCUCGGAGCUCAGUUCUCUCAUCAACAAAUUACUGGAUCGAGAAUCUGAGGAUUCUCCAGUGAUCGACUUUGACUUUCUCAUCGAUGGAGAGUUUCUACGAGUAGCUCUAGGCCAUCACCUUGAAGAGAAAUCGACUUCCACAGAAUCUGUCGUUGAGAUUGAAUAUCUGGAGAAGCACCCCGCUCCGAAGCCUGCAGGAAGCAUCCUUCAUGAUGAUUGGGUUAGCUGUGUACAAGGAGCCAAUAACAGAAUUGUGACUGGUUCAUACGAUAACAAUGUUAGGCUAUGGACAGAGGAUGGGGAGAACCUUGUCAUUAUGCACUACCACUCCGACCCUGUCAAAACAGUCACAUGGAUCAAAAGAGAUGAUGCUGUGAACCUUUUAGUGAGUGGGUCCAUGGAUCAGACUCUACUCAUCUGGGAAUGGGAUGAGCAGACUAAGAAACACAAAUGUCUUCAUUCAUGCAGAGGCCAUGCUAAGAGUGUAGAAACUGUCGCUGUCGACCAAUCACAAACAAAGAUAGCGAGUGGUUCCAUGGAUUCCAUGUUGAAAAUCUGGUCUGCAGUGCCAGGAGGUGAUGAUGAAGAAGUUGAUGAGAUACAACACAAGAAAGCCAGAACUGAUGGGCACAAACCACUCACAAGGACACCGCUGCGAACGUUUGACGGUCACACCCAAGGAAUCUCCUCUCUGGUAUGGCUGGAUGAGAAGAGGAUAUGCACUGCAUCAUGGGAUCACACCAUGAAGAUAUGGGACAUGGAACAAGAGGAGCAAGUCACAACUCUGACGGGGAAUAAAGUGUUCCAUAGUGUAGCAUUUUCUCCACUUAGUAAUCUUCUAGCUACUGGGAGCUCUGAUAGGCACAUUAGAUUAUGGGAUCCAAGACAAAAUGAUGGUUUGUUAGUCAAGUCCUCUUUGAGUCAUCAUACUGGCUGGGUUUCAUCGGUAGCCUGGUCACCAGACAACGCCAACCUUCUCAUAUCAGGAUCCUAUGAUAAAACACUCAAACUCUGGGACACAAGAAGUCCAAAGGCACCACUGUACAAUAUGUCUGGACUGGAAGAUAAAAUACUAGCAGUUGAUUGGUCACAGCCAGAGUUGAUGCUGUGUGGCGGAGCUGAUAAUGCAUUGCAUAUAUUCAAGGCUGCAGAUGCUCUACAGGCUGCAGAGAGCUGAUUAACAUGACAAGAAUGCAUCUUUGCUGCACCAUUCAGAUGGCUCCACAUAACUAGGAACAAAAAACCUCAGCUGAACAUGGGUUCACCGUCAGGUGGAACAUAGGGCACCUCAUCUACUUGUUCUGCAAUGUACAUCAAGGACAUGAUACACCCUUCUAUUACAAACUCUAAUAUCAACUUAAAUAUUUGUGAAACUGUUGUCUCCACUUAACUGUAGGAAAUAAGUACACAAUUACAGCACUUAAGCAAUGCAGUUAACAAACCCUGACUGCAUCAGUAAAGGGCCCAAUUUCAUAGAAUUGCUUUAUUAGGCAGAAAAAGUAGCUAUUGUAAGCGCAACAAAAUGAUGCUUACCAGGAUACGGUUACCAGCCAAACUACCAUGUCACAUGCACAAUUCGUGACUGGUG